UCUCUACUGAAUCUAUAUAAACAUAAUAAGUUUAGUAAUUUUGUAAUUGUAUUAAAUCCAAUUAUGAUGAUUAGCUUUUGUAGAAAGAUCACCCCUCACUCUAUCCUUGGCCUCACCACAGAUACUACCCCCACAACAGCAACAACAAAACCCACCUCCGUUGAUGCUCAUGAAAAGCUCCCAUUAAAAUGCCACCAUUACAUUUCGCCCUUAAGUUCUACAGGAUCAGGAGGAGGAGGGUUACUAGGAUUGGUCGCCGCAACCGAUAACGAUCGCAUGAAAAGCCAACCCCUUGUUUUGGAAUCUUCAUCCAUCAAAUCAUCAUCCUCCUCCUCCGCCUCCCCUUCCUCCUCCUCCUCCUCGUCAUCAGAUUCGUCACCGCCAGCUUUGUCGCCGGUGGUGUUUGAAUUUGGAACAAAGAGAGAUCCAGGUGGGUUUGGGUUCAUAGACGACAUAGGAGGUGCUGUGGACGGCUUGAUGUCGUGCACGGAGAGUCUAGGGUUUGAAAGCUCGGACGAGAGGCUGGUGGACGAUCAUCAGAUCUUUGAAAGAAUUAGCCAUGUUCCUGAGAAAGUUGAUGAGAAUGAUCAAGAUGGUAUCGAGGAGGAUGCAUGUUUGAGGAUGAUGAGGCACUCGAUUAAGAGAGCGCCGAAAUGGACGAGGAUGGGGGAGAGGAGAGUGGAGCCCAAGAAGUUUCCUCCCCCGCUUUCAUCAUUGAACCAAAAUGGACAUCCAAGGUAUUAUCUGAGGCCUGAGAGGAAAGAUGGGAGGUUGGAGCUUACGGAGGUAAAGAUUUAUAGACCUGAGAUUUUGAGAGCUUAUCGUGAAGGUGGACGGUUGAGAUUGAAUCUUAUUAGCCACGAACCUCACAUCCAAGAAAAGGAAGAACCAAUAUUAGAAGGCAUAGAAGAAGUACAAGAAGAAGAAGAAGAAGAAGAAUUUAUUGAUGAGGAGGAGGAAAUAAUUAGUGAGGAGAAAGAGGAGGAGAGUGUUGGUGAGUGGAAGCUGAAGGUAGGAGGAGAAGGGUUUCGCCGGUGUCAAAAUCUGGUGAACCGCCACCAUGUCCAUCACCACCACCACAACCAUCACGGCAACUUGCCUAUGUGGAGCCAGCACCAGCAUUGCGUGACAACCAGGUGAUGAUAGCAUGAGCUCAUCACUUGGCUAGAAAAUCAGGAAAACAUGGCAUGAUGUUCAAGUGUCGGCGUUGAAAAGGAGGCAAGUGUGCACGUGUAGUUAAUUAGGGCACCGUUUCCUAGUAAUUAGGGUUUAAGGGUCCAACUUAAUCAUUUAAUGGUAGAGUGGGAAAAUAGCUUAAUCAAGUUGAUUAAAGCAGUUUACUUUUCUCUCUACAUCAAAAUUGAAUUAGUUCAUUCGAAGUUUAGAUGAAUUUUUUUUGUAGAUUUCUUAUUGUUUGUCAAAGUUAAUGGUAGAGAGGGAAUUUAGUAAUUAGGAAGCUAGGUCAUGUAUGCUUCAAGAUCGGUGUAUUUUAUCUUAUGUACGUGCUAAUUAAGUUGAUUAAUUAGCAUUAGUACUAUUGUGAGUGUAAAUGUAAAAUAAAUUGCAUGGUUGACGUGUC